AUGCCUGAUACGGAUGCCUUCAUGGAUCAACUUUCUUCUACCUCUUCAAGAAUAAACUACCGACAGGCAGCCAUACAAGGUUUUCAGAUUCUCUAUGCCCCUAAUGAUAAUCCCUAUGAAUCUUCUGGUUGGACUACGUACGAAGUUGGACCCUUCCAAAUGGCAAUAAUAUCCCACUUACAGAGCAAAUCUCCUUAUUUUAUUCGGGUGAAAUCAAAGGGUCCUGAUGGUCAGUAUGGUGAGUGGAGUAAUCCGCCUGCAAUUGCCAAAUCAACAAUGACAACUUGGGGAACAGACUACUCUGUUAGAGGACUGCUUUGCAUCCCAGGCCUCACUAGUGCAAAAAUAACUUGGCAACGGCCUCAAAAUACCAAGGGACUGAUGGCAUUUAAUAUUCGUGCUUCCGGUUCAAAGCAAUACGCUGACGAAGCAGGUGUAAUGCGAACGCAGACAAUUGAACCUCGAAGCGCGAGACAUGCAUACUUUGCAUCACAAGAAGGUUACGACUAUGUCGUGAAAGAUCUGGAGCCAAACACCAUAUAUGAUAUUCGUGUCAAUGCCCACUAUGAAACGGGUUUGAACCUCGAAAGCAAUUGGGAAACAACAAGUUGUCACACUGAAAUGCAGAAGCCUGAGAAGGUGCCCUCUCCCAAGCCGAUCUCUGCAUUCAAAGACCAGAAACAAGUUAACCUGUUGGUGUACCGAGUGAGUGAACAAUUGGGGAAAAUUCGACAGUACUACAUAAUGGUCAGUCCAUGGCAUCUCACAUCGGCUCCUUUGGAAAUGCUCACUGUUGAUGAGGUCAUCACGGAAAUAAUAUUUGAACUGGGUAUCAUUCUCCAAUCAUUCAAUCUAUUAAGUGAAACUAUGUCAUUUUUGUAUGCUUAA